AUGCUGCGCGCCCUGGGUGUGUGUAGUUGGGAUAAGGAGGCGGUAGCUUAUGAGCGCAUUCUUACGCUGCCAAGUGGUGGGAAAGAUAAAGUUGAAGACCCAGUGCUUCGUUUCAAAGUUACCCUCAGUCCUGGCUCCGAGUUGAAUUGCGGUGAACAGGCGACGGCUUGGUUAAGCUAUAGUUGA